AUGUCGUUUCUUCAUGCACAAUCUUGCGAAUGUUUGAAAUCCGAACUCUUACUAUUCGAUAUACCGCCGACACAAACAACUAUCGAGGGAUCGCAUUGGAUUCAUUAUAAGCCUAUAUCAUCUUUAACUGAUGAUUCACCGAUAGAAUUUGUUGUACCUGGCAAUGGAGAAGAAUAUAUAGAUCUGGCUCAUACUAUGCUUAGUGUACGUGUCAGCUUAAUUUAUACAGGUGAACAAAAAGAACCAUUACCCGAAGUCGGUGUUGUCAACAACUUUAUGCAUUCAAUCAUAUCUCAAGCUGAUAUCUAUUUUAACCAAAAACCGAUAGUACCGCCAAAUAAUACUUACGCUUAUGGAGCCUACAUCGAAACUUUACUCAAUUACGGACCAGCUGCCAAAAAUUCACACUUGAGCACCGUUCUUUGGUCAUGCGAUACAGCAAAUAAAAUGGAUGAUUGUAAAAAUGGCAAUAACGGUCUGGCUACUCGGCGUCUCUUUAUGACAAAUAACAGUGUCGAUAUGAUCGGUCAUCUUCAUUGCGACGUGUUUAAUCAGGAAAAACUUUUACUAAACGGUGUAGAAGUACGCGUCCGUUUAAUACGAUCUCGCGACAGUUUCGCAUUAAUGGAUCCUACAGAUAGUUAUCGUAUCCGUAUCGACGAGGCUAAUUUAAUUGUACGUAAGGUUAAAAUUAGUCCUAGUGUUCAACUGACACACUCAAAAGCUUUGAUGAAAACGACAGCCAAAUAUCCAAUCACUCGAGUAGAAGUCAAGGCUGUAACGUUGCAAAGCGGUAUUCACUCUCAGAGUAUAGAUAAUAUUUUAUUGGGAACUAUACCGAAGCGUAUCAUCAUUGGCUUUGUGGAAAAUAAGGCAUACAACGGCGAUAAAUCAUUGAAUCCGUUCAAUUUCAAAAAUUUCGGUAUACACUUCCUGGAUAAUGGAAACAAUCUUUCACGGUUAAAAUAUCCCAACGGUUAUUGUCUAUUUGCAUUCGAUUUGACACCCGAUUUAUCGGCUAAUGAUCUAUCUCAUUGGAAUCUCAUAAAACACGGAUCUAUUUUUGGCUUCGAUACCGAACCUGGAAAAAAAUAUUUAACUCUAGGAUUCGAUAGCUCCGUGACUGGCAGCAGACCUUCGGAUCUUUCUGCAGCCCUACCAAAGAUGCUGUUGAUUUACACGGAUAUAAUAGAGCCGAUAUUUACGGGCGAUAUACAGGCUAAACUAUUGCGCUGCGUUUCCAUCGGUGGCGAAAAAUAUCGAUACGGUUUUACCGAAAUUAGCCGUUUUUCGCCAUCCAUGUAUAUUCCGCUUCUCUACAACUCUUUUCAAACGAUCGAAAUAGAUAUAAGAGAUCAACAUGGACAACCAAUACCAUUUGAUUGUGGAACGUUGACAGCGAUACUACAUUUCAAACGCAUGGACCAAUGA